ACGGCAGCGGUUUGUAGAAAAUUUGUUUUGGAAAACACACGUGUGUUCGUCUGUCAAGAGCUCAAUAAUUUAACGAAUUAAGAAUGAAACUUUUAACUCACAAUAUAUUGACUUCUAAAUGUCUGAAAGGCGUAACAGUUGGGUAUCCUCUAGGCAUUGUUGCAAAAGAAGUUAAAGUGAAUGAAGUUGAUUUCAACCCAGAAUUCAUUUCACGGAUGAUUCAAAAAGUGGACUGGCCAGCUCUCUGUAAAGCUGCAGAAAAUCUUGGACACACUGAUGAACUUCCCCCAACUGUUGUAGAUGACUAUGAAAAUAAUGAAGAAUUCUUGAAAAAAGCUCACCACUUUUUAAUGGAGAUUGAAGUCAUGAAUGGAGAUCUGAUAUGUCCUGAGACAGGGAGAAAAUUCCCUGUUACUGAUGGAAUUCCAAACAUGUUAGCUAAUGAAGAUGAAGUGUAACUGAAACUGAUAAUUUACUUUAUCAUUCUCAUCCAAGCUACACAUUAAAACAGUUUUCUUAACACUUGUUCCCAGACGACCUUUUUGUAUCAGAAACCAAGGAGUCAACAUCUGAUGCUCUUCAACACACACAGCUAUGAAAUG